AUGGCAUUAGUUUCAGCGGCACCCUACUUGGCCCUACUUGGCGAAGAAGACUUGACAUUGAAAUCAUAUGCGUUAACUUCAUUAAAUGACGUCGUACAUCAACUUUGGGCAGAAAUUGCCAACAAAAUAACUGAUUUGGAAGAUUUGUAUGAAGAUUCUCAAUUCCCAGACCGUAAGGUAGCAGCGUUAGUUGUUUCCAAGGUAUAUUAUAACUUGGGAGAUUUCGAAGCUUCCGUGAAAUACGCAUUAUUAAGUGGAGAUCAAUUCAACAUUGAACUGGAACAGUCUCAGUUUAUUGAAACAAUUGUCAGCCAAUGUAUUAACCUUUACAUAUCUUUAAGACAGAAGGAGUUCACCACUGAUGCUAAAGUUGAAAUUGAUCCUCAAUUGACCCUUGUCUUUGAAAAGAUGUUGAAUAAAUGUAUCAAAACAAAUGAAUUCAAGUUGGCAUUGGGAAUAGCUUUGGAAAGUUAUAGAUUAGAUGUAGUUGAAUCCAUUUUAAAGACUCAAAUUGAAGCUAAUAAUGAAGAGAAUGCCUUACAGUUGAUUAACUAUGUCUUGACGUGUUGCACUACAAUUUCCAUCAAAUCAAAUGGUAGUGUCACCGACGAGCAAGAUUUUAAGUCAAUCGUUUUGAAUACAUUAAUAAACUUAUUAUUAACUCUUCAGAAGAAAAACCAAGACUUUUUUACCAUAUUUAAAAUUAUCAUUCAAUUGAACGAUUCCAAAUUAGCCAUUCAAAUUUUCAAGAAGUUGUUGUUACAAGGUGAAGUUUUGAUUGCCUAUCAAGGUGCCUUUGAUUUGGUAAGCACCGCUUCUCAGGACUUGUUAGACAAAGUCAUUGAUGGGUUUAAGGCCGAUCAAGAAACUGAAGGUGUGAAGGGUGUUAGUAAAUUAUUACACAUCUUGUCUGGGGUCCCUACUUGUGAUUACGAUAUCACCUUCCUUUAUAGAAAUAAUAAUACUGAUAUUAGUAUAUUAAAUAAGACCAAGAACUUGUUAGAGGGAAGAUCAUCCAUUUUCCAUUCUGCUGUUACCUUUUCCAAUGCUUUCAUGCAUGUGGGAACUACGGAUGACUCUUUUUUCAGAAAGAACUUGGAAUGGUUAGGGAAGGCAACUAAUUGGUCGAAAUUUUCAGCUACUGCAGCCUUAGGUGUAAUCCAUAAGGGUAACUUAUCUCAAGGAAAGAAUAUCUUAAAGCCAUACUUGCCAGGUGCCUCUGGUGCUCCCCAUACCAAGGGUGGAUCUUUGUUCGCCUUAGGUUUGAUUUUUGCGGGACAUGGUAGAGAAACCAUAGAAUAUUUAAAGAGCUUCAUCGACGAACACGGAAACAGUGCUGGAAAUAAUGAUACAGAUGUCAUGUUACAUGGUGCUUGUCUCGGAUGUGGUGUUGCUGGUAUGUCUUCUCAAAGCGAAGCUUUAUAUGAAUCAUUGAAGGUUGUUUUAUAUUCUGAUUCAGCCAUUUCAGGUCAAGCAGCCGGUUUGGCUAUGGGAUUGGUCAUGCUUGGUUCUGGUAACGAACAAGCGAUUUCUGACAUGUUAACUUAUGCAAAGGAAACCCAACAUGAAAAUAUCAUUAGAGGCUUAUCCAUUGGUAUUGCAUUAUUGAACUAUGGAAGAGAAGAUAAAGCUUUGCCAACAAUUAAUAGUUUAAUGGAACAAGAAUCAUCCAUUUUAAGAUAUGGUGGAGUUUUCACCAUUGCCUUAGCAUAUGCUGGAAGUGGCUCCAAUACUGCCAUUAAGAAGUUGUUGCAUUUUGCUGUUAGUGACCCUUCUGAUGACGUGAGAAGAGCCUCCGUUAUGGGAUUAGGUUUUGUCUUGAUAAGUGAUUAUCAAUCAGUUCCAACAAUUGUCGAAUUGUUAUCUCAAUCUCAUAAUCCACAUGUCAGAUAUGGAUCAGCAAUGGCUCUUGGAAUUUCUUGUGCAGGACGUAACUUAUCAUCGGCCAUCAAGAUCUUGGAGCCUUUGGCUAAGGAUCCUGUUGAUUUUGUUAGACAAGGUGCAUUAAUGGCUAUAGCCAUGGUUUUAAUCCAAGCUAAUGAAGUAACUACUCCAAAGGUAAAGACAUUUACGAAGUUAUUUGCUGAUACCAUUAAGAAUAAGCAUGAAGAUGCAUUAGCAAAAUUUGGUGCUACUUUAGCGCAAGGUAUUAUAGAUGCAGGUGGUAGAAAUGUUACUAUCAACUUGGAAAACACACAAACUAAUACUUUGAAUACCAAGGCUAUUGUAGGAUUGACAGUAUUUGUGCAAUCAUGGUAUUGGUUCCCAUUAGCUCACUUUUUAUCUUUGUCGUUUGCACCAACUGCUAUCAUUGGUGUCAAGGAAGACUUGAAGAUUCCUACUUUUGAAAUUAAUUGCCACACAAAACCAGAAUUAUUCCAAUAUCCGCCAAAGAUUGAAGAAUCCAAAGAAAAGCAGCCUGAUAAGAUUGCCACUGCAGUUUUAUCUACCACUAACAGAGCAAAAGCGAGAGCUAUCAAGAAAAAGAAGUCUCAAGAAGGAGAUGAGGAAGAAGAGGAUAAAAUGGAAAUCGAGCAAGAAAAGGAAGAUGCUAAGAAAGAUGAAACUGAUAAGGAAGAAAGCAAGAAGGAAGAAAAAAAAUCGACUCCUAAUGAAGAUGAAGUGCCAACUAUUCGUUAUAGCAAGGUUCCAUAUAAGGUUGGCAACUUGACAAGAGUCUUACCUGUUCAAUCUAACUACAUAUCUUUCAUUAAAGAUGAUAGGUUUAUUCCAGCUAGAAAGUUCAAGGGGAGUAGUGGCAUAAUUGUCUUAGAAGAUACGAAGCCUGAUGAAAAGGUUGAUAUUAUCAAAACUGUUAGACAAUUGAAUAUAACUGAAGCUCCAAUUCCAGAACCUUUUACCUUAAGUGGGGAAGAUUUAGAAGAUGAAGAAGAUUAG